UUCAGGAGACUCUGUUCUGUUGGGAUGUGCAUGUGUCCUGCACGCUGAACUGUGGGGAGGAAGCAGAACUGUGGUGGCUUAAAAGUGAUGUCCUAGAACAGCUGGAGCCGACUGGCCAAAGCUGGGUGUGCCUGGCCAAGGAACGGAGGGAUUGGGUCUGAGAAAGAGCUUGGCUCCAUUUCGUGUAACAAGAGGAUUCCCAGAACUAGGGCCUGGGUGGAGAGUUGUGAGCCAGGGCCGGCCUGGAGGGGGUUGCUUAAAGAAGGAGGAGGGCUCUCCUGGCUAGAGGUCUUCCCGAAGAGAUUACAGAACCAGUUGUUGAGGAUUGCUGCUCAGAACUUUGAGCAGGUGAGAUGGCAGAGGAGGAAUGCCUCACGGAGCUGGAACUGGCAAUCCAAGUCCUGGUGUUCAACUUUUACAAAUAUGUACCCAGGCGCAGCCUCGUUCGGAACAAGAUCAGCAAAAGCAGUUUGCGAAAAAUGCUGCAGACAGAAUUCCCCCACAUGUUGACAGACACAGGCAACAGGAAGGCGGCUGACAAGCUCAUUCAGAAUCUGGAUGCCAACCACGACGGGCGCAUUAGCUUUGAUGAGUAUUGGACCUUGAUAGGCGGGAUCACCAGCCCCAUCGCCAAUCUCAUACGCCAGCAGGAGCAGCAAAACAGCGACUAGCAGCCUCUUUGUUCUCCUCCAGAACCUCUCCCUCCCCUCCCCAGCACACCAGGGCAUUCUGGCCUUGAACUUCAAUUCUUCAGGCUCCAGUCUUCUUCCCGGCCCCACUCUUUCUCACCUUUUCCUUCUCCCUAUCGACUGUUCUUCUCAUCUGGAAUGAACUGGGGGAGGUUGAGCUAUCCAGGGGGACCCCCUGUGGGGAGUCUCAGAGUCCCCUCCCCUUUGCCACUUUGUCUCCUCCGCCCGUCUUUAGCUGAAAGUCUCUGGGUCUCCUCCUCUGCAGCUGCUGUGAUUGAAGGCUUUAACAACUUGUGGCAUUUCUGGUGCCAGCAGCACCAACUCAUUCCCAAACCCUCUGUUCCCAGUGAAGUGGGAACAAAGGAGCACCUGGUAUGUAGGGGAGACCCUUUGCCCUAGGUCUGUGAAUGACCCCAGCAGGGGCUUCUGCCUCACCUCCUCUUCUCUUCCAUUCCGAAAUAAAGGCUAGAUUUGGAGUCUCAACCCCACUCCCCCCGGUA